AUGUCAACGGUACCUCCUGGUGGUCCUGGCUUGCUGGACCUUGAGAAAGAACUGACCUGUUCGAUCUGCACAGAACUGCUUUACCAACCUCUCACCCUGCUCGAUUGCCUACAUACGUUCUGCGGCUCUUGUUUGAAAGAAUGGUUUGCGACUCAAGCGUCUCGGCGACGAUCCUCAUCUACCCCGCGGUUCACCUGCCCAUCAUGUCGAGCCGUGGUUCGCGAAACACGGCCCAAUGCCACCGUCACUACAUUGCUGGACAUGGUUCUUUCGGCCAACCCUGAUCGCGAAAAACCUGCCGACGAGAAGGAGGAGAUCGCGCAGAAGUACAAGCAUGGGGAGUCUAUAUUUCCUGUGGCUUCGUCUCCAGAACAGAGCGGUGCAGGGUCGGACGAGGAUGACCGGAGACUGCUGGAGGAGGUGCGUGAACUGAGUUUGCAAGAGAGCAGAGCCCAGACAAGAGAGUCUAGCCGUCGGACUGCGCAGUCCUCAAGGACCAGGAGAGCCGAAAGCGUCGAUGCCGAUGGACGGAGGUCGGAUGGCCGGUCAAGAAGGCGGCGGGAAGAGGAGCGUGUAAGCCGCCGACAUCCUAAUACUUCAGAAGACAGCGCAGAGCGUACGAGGCGGAUCGAGCAUCAAUCCAGUCUACGAUCACUCCUCAGCUUAUCCGAUACGGAAACGAUGCAAGAAGAAAUUCUGCGACAGAUCCUUGAAGAUGGGUUGCUCAAUGACAUCGAUCUGGACAAUCUUGGGCCUGCACAGGAGGAAGAGCUGACCGAGCGCAUCGCUGAUGCUUACCGUCGAAGGCAUAUGCGUGGUCCGUCUUCGCGACAAAGGCAAGAAGCCGAGGAAGCCUCACGUACAUCAGAUCGCCCGCGCGCAAGGUCACAAUCCGUGCAAAGACCUCCAACUACCUCUGCUCCACAAGCAUCCUCGAGAAGUCCACCCGUGUCGCGACCGUAUCUGCUCGAACCGCUUGUGUCACGCUCAGGUGCCUCUGGCCAUCAGAGGCGUCUGUCUGAUCAAGGUAGCCGCCGUAGGAGGACUUCGCCGGUAUUGACUAAUGCAGCUUCCUCAUCUGAGGUCACAUUGCGACCCGCUGCAAGGUCAUCUAGUGAUAUGAUUUCAGAUAGGCCCCGUCCUUCCCAGUCCUCACGAACCCGCGUUGCAGAGGCCUUGUCUGCUCCGAGACCUCGGCGAGCAACAGCGUCGGAGCAGAAUGUCCCCAACAUAUUUACAGCCGAAUCUAGAAGUCGAGAUCCUCGACAUGCCAUCUCAGGUCGGCCACAGAAUAGCUUUCCGACGUCCGUGGCUUCACCCGCCACUCCUGGAAGUUCCUUCUCUGCUCGCUUAGAACAAAGCUCGCUGAUUUCGUCCGCUUGUAGCUCUUUGGCUCCCGCAGUCAAUGGCUCAGUUAAUCAGCGCUCUCGGCCGUCGUCGUCGCGUUCCAACGCCUCCCAGCUUCCUCCCGCUACUUUUGUCGAGCCCUCUAUUGCUUGCGACCGAUGUGGCAAGCAAAACAUUCAGUAUGAUUUACACAAGAACUGUAUCAAAUGCAAAGAUGGAGCGUUCAACCUGUGCCUGCGAUGUUAUCGCCUGGGGCGAGGCUGUUUACAGUGGGCCGGAUUCGGUCCAUCUGCAGAGGCAAAUUUCCAGCGCAUGAUUGCCUCUUCGACAGGCCACACGCCACCGUCGCGCGAGACAAGGCAUAUUUUGCAGUCUUCUAAAUAUUUACGGCCCUCCAGCAACGCUCGCCAGGUAUCAAGUGAGGGUCGAGAAAUGACGAGUGACGAUCCAUCCCAGAGAUUGCAAAACGGGCUCUUUUGUGACAUCUGCCGCUCGUCGGCUGACCAAUGCUAUUGGAAAUGCAACAAAUGCAAUGAGGGCGACUGGGGCUUUUGCAACAGGUGUGUGAACCAAGGCCGAUGCUGCACGCAUCCACUGUUACCGAUCUGUCGUCUUGCGCCGAACAACCGCUCGAACGUGCCAACAUCGGCUGGUAUUACUGAAUCUGAUGGACCAGACCAUUCAUCAACUCCUCCAGGCUCCGCUGACCGGGCCAACGAAACAUUCAAAAUCCUUUCCUUCUCGACGAACUGCGACAUCUGUACGUCCACCAUCCCAGCAUCGGCCACAAGGCUCCAUUGUCUCGAAUGUCACGAAGGUGACUAUGACGUCUGCGCCAAUUGCUACCUGAGGCUCGUUGCCACGGGAAAAAUCAGUAAGGAGGACGGACUCAAUGGCUGGCGUCGCUGCCCAAAAGGUCACCGUAUGGUUGUGGUCGGUUUCGAUAACCACAACGAGGGCUUGAGGAGAGUGGUCGUGCGCGAUCUCGUCGGCGGCCGCGCCUUGAAAGACGAACAUCUCCCUCAUCAUCCUGCUUCACCUCCCCCGUCUACAACACAAUUCGCCCAAUCACCCGCAGCGAACGGCUCAGCUGCUGUUCCUUCCCCCGAACUCGGAUCCGGCGACUGGAGCUGGAAGGAAGGCGGGGAGCGAAGAAAGAAGGCUUCUCGUACGCGAGCGCCCUGGUCUGCCACAGAUAGCCGCAGCACUGCCCAUCCUUCUACUACCACGCAUCAUCCAAACACGGGCUCCGGCUCCGGCUCCGGCUCCGAAACAGCUACCCCGACCAGCCCCGUUUCACCAACCGUCCUGCGCCGCUUCCCUCCCGAUGGCGGAGUCGGUCUUAUCGUGCAUGCGCUCUGGUCCUGGUAUCCCGAAGACCAGGUGCAGGAUGAACUGAUGUUCCCGCGCGGGGCGGAGAUCACAGAAGCCGAGAAUAUCAACGACGAUUGGUUCUGGGGCUGUUAUGCUGGUUCUACGGGUCUGUUUCCGGGGUCCCAUGUUGCUGUUGUUGGGGAGAUUGUCUAG